UGCGGCAGUUUUCCAGCCUCCUCGGUGUUGCUUUAUGUAUGGUGUAUCAGUGUGGUACGAGGAAGUGAAAAUGGAAGGUCGGUCGGCGACGGGUAUGGAUUUCGGUAGAUGAUUAGCGAGCACGUUAUCAUCCCUGUUUAGUAAUGAAAUGCAAAUAAGAAGGAAAUUCAUCACUGUAAUUAAACGAUGCGGUGUGGUGCGACGGUAUUUCGGUGUUAAAAAAAAGUAUUCCGGCAGUGAUUGAAGGUGCGCUGCUAAUGUAAAGUUUAGUGGCCUUCUACAAUGGUGGAUAACAAUUGCAUUAUCGAGGGAAACGUCAAGUUUCGCGACGGCAAGAAGUGGAAGUCAAGGUGGUGUGUCAUGAGAAAAUUGUCUCCUGUGGCAGACUGCUUACACUUACAACUUUAUGGAGAUAGCAAAGACCGAUACAAACAAGGUCAAACCAAGGCCUCGCUUAGUUUGCAGCACUUUCUUGGGGUAGAAAGUGGAUUUACCCUUGACAAAGAAUCUAACACAAUUGCCAUUAUUUGCCAAGAUGUUACGGUAGUUCUUGCUUUUGAUACUCGUGAGAGACUAAUACAGUGGCAAGUCAAGAUAUCCAACAAUUUAGGCGAAGAUCAAGAAUUCCUGAUUCUCAUCUCCUCGGCACCGACAAAAGCAAAGCUUUUAAGCGGCCCAGCACAUAUGCACGUACAAAAUCGUCGCUUCUGUAUUACCACUGGAGUACCACCAAGGCUUGCUGGAGUUUGGGAAAUUGCACAUCUUCGCCGUUACGGAGUCGUUGAAGGAAGAUUCUGUUUUGAGGGAGGGUCAAGAUGUGGCCGCGGAGAAGGCCUGCACGUUCUUGUUACAGAUCAAGGAGAUGACAUUAUAAAAACCUUGCAAUUGGCAGCUGAAGGAAAGCUUACUACACGAAAGAGACCAACUGCUCGAGAACUUGCAGCAUGUGACAGUCCCAGAAGGCAAUAUUCGCGAUCCGAAACAAGGGCUAGCGAUUCCUUUCCAUCAUUGCUGUAUAAUUCAGGAUCUUACGAAGGGCAGUGUGACAGUUGCAAAAAUGAAGGCUCACCGUACUGGUCCUCCACUGAAAGUAGACAGCAAACAGAUUUGGACAGUGAUUACGGGUGUCGGGAUGCUUCCAUAUCAGAAUUAAAUGAUCAACCAGGAGAGUGGCACAGCUGCUCAAUUGUCCAAGGAAAUAAUUCAAUCCUUGAAAGAUGCUCCAGCUGUAUCAGCAAACUGGGAACCCUUUCCAAGUCAUCUACAUCAGGUACAACUUCGGCAAUGACUCACUCCAGCAGUCCUGCUCCGCUCGGGGGUUGUCAGCAGCCACUUCGAGCGUUUGACAGACUGUCGCUCUCCUCCUAUAGCAGCAGUAGUCAUGAAAGUGAUUACUCGGUGUCGCAACAGGCAGAGUGCCACUGCGUGUCUAAGAAAGUUUCCCAAACUCAAAACCCGCAGAGCUUUGCUCCUAAGCAAAUAGUCUCGCCUCCCAGACCACCGAAGCCACAUUCUUCGUGUAUUAAAAAAUCGAAGAAGCCUCCGAUGCCGCUUCCGCCACCAGAAUAUCCCUGUACUUGCCCAACAAAACCACCACCUGUUCAAAAUAACACAGCCAAUACAACUGGGCCGUAUGAAAACUAUGAUGUUCCAAAAACAAUAAUUCGCCACGCAAUGUCUAAGGAACGCACUUCGUCCACUGAUCAGUAUUAUGAUACACCCAGGAAAAUCAAGGAAAUUCUUGCGUUGCCAAAAAUGUAUGCAAAUUACGACACUCCGCUUGUACCGCAAGCAGUUGCUUUACAGCAGUGUGGCUGUCCUGCCAAGCUGACUUCUCAAUCCCCACGUACAUCCGCUUGUCCAUGUCACAAUGUAAUGAGCUGGGCUGGUUUCGUUUUACCUUACUGUCGUCGAGGGGCAGGUAUUGUAUUAGAUGCCGUGCAUCCGGUGCGGCUGUCUGGUGAAGGCAAGAUGCCGGUUGUGAAUGCCAGUGGAGAAAUAGCAGUAUAUGCAACAAGCGACAAAAGUACUGAAGACGAUCAAGGUCCUGAAACUGCUAAAGAAAAGUGUGGCUGUCAGAGUGAAAGUACCGGAGUUGAUAACAAUUAUGCAAACAUUGAACCAGUAAUAGAUACGCAACCAGAAUCAAAGCAGAUAAAUUAUGCAAAUAUUGAUUUUACCCAAUCUUUAGAACACUAUGAAAACAGCAAAGAUGUUUUAGCCAAAGCGGGAAUAUCACGAGAUGAGGUAGUCAAGCUUGCUGAUGACUCGAAGGAAUCGGAAGCUUCCGAGGUGAAUGAAAAUAUAAAGUUCUGCAACAAAUGUGGGCAUGCAAAAGAUGGAGAGAAUGAUUACUUGAUGAUGAACCCAGAGAAAGAAAUGCCGAAGAAACCGUACCCUGGGUACUUAGCGAUGCAACCGGCCCAUAACGCUUGUUCCAAAGAAGUUCUAUCCAGAAUUUGUAGCACAGGAAAGAGCAGCAGUAAUCCAACUUUGACUGGUUCCCAAUUAAUAGAAGGAAGCAAAAAAAGAUCUGAAUCUGAAUAUCGAGUACCUGGAUCAGCAAUGUUAUCAAGUCCCUACCUCAAACGCCGAGUCUUGGACUCAGCAAAUAGCACAGAGGCUUCUGGUAAUAUUGGCCUACUAGCAAGGAAGAGAUCCUAUUCUGCAGAAUCUGCACAUUAUACGAAUGACGAAAAACUUACUUUGUUCCCUUCGAAUCUGACAAUUCACAAGUGUUCGAGCGAGGCUGAUAAAGAGUUACUUAUGAAUAAGGAUAGACGAACUUUGUGCGUGGAUUCAGAGCCGAAACCUUAUCAUGACAGCGAGGAGACGUCCACGUCAUCUACUCAACCAUGUUCAAUAAAAAUUCGCCGCUCAUCUUCUGUACCAUCAAAGACGGGACACAACCGGGACUCUUCAAGCAGCAACGACUCCGGCGUAUCGACUGGCUCUCUGAGUCACAGAGGAACUGAAUUUGGAGAAUUCGAACUACCAAUAAUUACCACUAAUUCAGCAAGAAGACAUUUGAUAUCAAUAUCCCAUAAAAGUACCCCUCCAAUCUGCUUCCAUAACAGUCUACCAAGGAAAUCGAAAUCCAGUGACCCACUUCGUGAACUUUCCUUUCAAUUUCAAAAACUAAAAAUACCAACAAAAUCUUCAUCUGCCGAAGGAGACAUACCUGCGUGUGUUCCCAAAGGCACAAAAGGAUUCAAUAGUCCAGGCGAAAUGUCUGCUACACCGUACACAGAUUCUCGCAGUACAAGCAGCGGUACAUCGGAUAUGUCUGAUUACAUCGAAACUUUAUCUUUGUCCUCACAUUCAUCAUCGGAUACUCCAGACAAUCUUAGAUUGGGCGGACGUCAGGUGGCCACAACUCUUCGCCCACGUAGCGGAAAAGAGUAUUAUAAAAUAGAUCGGAGCAUUUUAGUGGAACAAGGCCGUACAAUGACAGGGCCAACUUCUAACUAUGCCAAUAUUACACCUGUUCUUGAAAAAAGUGAAUCUCCAUCACCAGGAUAUAUGAGCAGCUCACCAUACGAUCAGCCUCAACCAGUGCGUGACCACUUUCUCUUUCCUGAGCAGGCCUGAAAGCAUUGAAACAAUUCACAAGGAAGGAGAAGAACCUGAAGUUCCUAGUAUUUCCAAACAUAGUGGACAAGAGUAUUCAAGGUAAAACUAAUAACAGAGCUGCAAUCGGUGUUCGCAACACUUCAUACUGAAACCAGGUUUUAAUAUUUUCAUAAACUUUUAAACUUUCCAGUACCUCGUACUGUUGCCUGCAAUUGCGAUUUCAAAAAUAUGAAUUUUUUUCUAUCGCUUUGUUACUCACUCACAAGUACUACUUACUAUACAUAUGCCAACUGACAGAAGUUGAGCAUUUCGCGGCAUCGAAGUCAUUGUUUAUUUAUAAAAGAUCCAUAUAUUAUACAUGGGAAGUACAAAUUCUAUGGUAAAUUGAUACAUAUUUGUAUAUGUCUAGUACUAUUCAUUCUCUGAGGGCACCCAGCUGUUUCAUUCAAAUAAUGCAUACGUGAAAACUGUCUUAAAGGAAAAAAAAACGUUUGGGUUUAUUAAAUCCGUCUCAAAACCAAUAAUCGAUAAGCAUGAUAGUUGAAAAGUUUCAAAGUAUGUAAUAACAAAGCUUGGUUGCAAUGUAUAGUAAAAAUAUAAUCAAUAAUAUUAUAUACACUUCCUACAACGAUUCAAACAAUUUCUAAAAUAUGCUCAAUAACAAAUGUAAUAAUAGUAUAGUGAAUAUCCUGCCCUAGAGUAAAAGGAUAAGGUGGGCGUUGUAUACUUUUUAUGAGUAUACCCUUUUUUGAAUAAUUUUUAUUUUAUAUAAGUACUUUUAUAUAGCGUGAUAUACAGAAUGAUACAAAAGAAUGAAGUUAAAGGCUUUUAAAAUUUACACUACUUAUGUACUUGAUGGAUUUGCCUACGGCCUGAAGUCAAUGGAGAUUUCAGUGAAUAUUAUUUACAGAAUUUAUUCGUACUUACUAGCUUAUCUUUAACUACUACAUACAAAAUAUUAUAGCUUUUAAUAGCUUUCUUUCAUAAAAUGGUAAUUUAUAUGAUAGGUAUUUAUAGUUUACAGGAAAACUCAAGGUAGCAUUAUAAUGUAUAGUUUAUAGAUUAAACUUGCUGAGCGCCAAGAGCAUGUAUAAAAUAUUUUUAAUAUUAAGGCUGCUAUCUGAUAUACGUGCCUCAAAUUUUUAAAGUGGCAUGUAGGUUUAUUUUUUUUGUUUGAUCUUACAAGCGUGAUUUAAGAUGUGAUCAUAACUUUCUACCGAUUUUCUUUGACUUUUUCGGUUUUCAGAUCCACAAGAAAUUUCAAAGAAUUACAUAUUUAUUUAAUUGCUUAUAAUUUGUAAUAUAUUAAUGAAGUAAAAUAGUGAUGUGUCGCAAACGCUGGGCCGUUAUCAGCAUCAAAUUUUUUAGCAUAUUAAUAACGGGUUUUCUGAGUACUCGUGCUGAGCUUAUAAGUGGUCUAAUUAAUUAUUUCGAACGAUUUCAGAUCUGCCGUGACUCUCUUUUAUCUUGCGUCACGACCCAGUUAAGAUAUUGUAAUUGAUUCAACGUAAUUAUAGUAAAGGAAUCUUGAGAUCUACAAAAACACACUAGAAAAUAUAGAGUGCCGAGAAGUGUAAGAUUGAACAUUGAAAUUUUGUACCGUUUUUAGGAUUAACGCAGGGUAUCGGUUUUCUAUAAUGUAAAAAUAAUCCCCAACUGAAUGCUCAAAAUUUUACAGGCAAACAGUUCGGUAGUUCUGAAAGAGCAAAACCACAAAGAGCUUUAUCCAAUUUCGGAUCAAUUUUUCUCUUUCAGCUGGACUCUCUAACUUUACUUCUCUAUAUCUGUAACUAAGCAUUUAUGUGAUAUAAAAUCGCACCCUGAUUUACUACUUUUUCAUAUUAUAACUCUCAAUUGAUCUCAUCCAUUUAGAUAGCUUGCAUUUUAUGCAAAUGCUUUUGAACACUCGCCACCCUUGGUUCUUUCGUUAGUGGAAAAUUAUUUUUUCAAUUGUACUACACUUUUAGGUAACACUAUAAUGUUACCCAUAAUGCUUAAAUUGCUACAUAAAAUCUUUAUAAACGUAUCUUAGUAUGAAGAAUGUACUUAUCUCGUAGUUCACGAACAAUGUUAAUAAAUUUGUACACUUGCAUGGUGAAAGAACUAAUGGAGAUGGUAGCGGUAAUCACUAUAUACUCACUGUGAAACAGUCAGUUAUUUAAACAUAUCACAAUAACCUGGUACGUACCUGUCCUUCCGACUGGUAUUUCAUCUUUAGUUACUUGAAGUUUCAUCGAAAUUUUGGUUGAAUCAAUCUCGACCAACUCACGUUCCAUCUGAUGUGAUACCAAACUGAUGCGGUCGUAGAUCAGCACACAUCUGAGUGAUACAAUAUAUACAUCAAAUUGUAUGCCACAAAGAAUUCUUAGGGUAAAUUAAUUCAGUCUACUUCUUUUACGAAGGUUCAAUUGUAAUGAAUAGAAUUAGCAUUUCUUUACAACGAUUAGUUUUCGGUACUUACCGUUCUACUAUUAUUAUACACUUAGUUUGGCACAACGGUAAUACGAUAUAAAUAUCUCUAAGUAAAGAUGAUGCAAGGAGUUAACAAAAACCGACAUUUAGUCAUACUUCGUACAGUCUAAGUGAGUAAUCAGUAAAGAAUUUUACGCAAAAAAAAAAUUGUAGGGACGUUUAGAAUUGCAUUGAAUAAUCAUAUUUAUUUAAUUCUGAUGACAAUGUGGAUGAAUGUUUCCAGAGAAUGGCUACUGAUAAAUAUUAUAUGUUACUAAACAGAGAAACAAAAAAAAGUAUUCAGACAAUCAAAUGAAGAAAAAUGAUGGUCUCUUUGAUAAUUCUUGCAUUACCUUUUCGUCGAUAAUCUUAGAAAACUUGAGUACUGGUCAAAAUAAUGUUCAUCACUUGGCAAAACAUGCAGUGUGGCAAGGUUAGUGCGUUUGUGUGUCAAAAAUUUGUGAAACAAAUAUAAAUUAUUGUAAUGUCACACACGUAUUGAGGUGUGUACGAUGCGUAGAUAUAUUAUAUACAAUAUUGUCAUGUGAUUAACUGUAUAUUGCGUGAAUAGAAAUCUAUAGAAUGUAAUCGAAGGAGACGAUAUUGUCUCAAGUAUAGUAUAUUACCUAUAUACAUAUUAUUGUCUGUACUGUACGAAUUACGAAAAAAGCAAACACUUAUAUCUUAGAUCAGUGUCUCCCACUGAAAUCAUGAUUAUGUCAAAUCAUAUUUUGGCAAACAUGACUAAUAGGACUAGCUAAGUAGAAAUCGUGUAACAAAAUUGUCACACAUACACUCCUAGUUUUUCUGACCCCCCUCUGUGACAAUGCGUAUAACGAAAUUUAAAUUAGUCGGUAAGCUUUUAUAUAACUUUAAUUGUAAAUUAAAAUGGAAAUCACUGAUGUAGAGACCCAUACUAGUCAGAAAUUAAGUACUACGUUAGUAAUAGUCUAUUUUUAUUGAAUUUGUAUAAUUCGAAAGCCUGAUAUACCUAAAAGUCAACAGAAAUUCUUUCAGUCCCAUUAAAAACAACUGUUUGUUUUUCUUCUCUAUUCCCUUGCAAAUGAAAUUUGUGAAAUCUGUAGCGACACAUUUCCAAAUGGCAUGGAAACAUUAUGACAACCUUGAAAACCCAAAGAAAAUAUUGAAACAAAAACACAAUUGGUAGAAUAACCGUUCUAUUAGGUGUAUCGGCUUUUGAAAUUCAACCAACCAUAUCCAAGAAUUACCCAGUUAAUCAUAAUGUAGAAAAAACUACGAGUAUUCCUGAGUUGCGCUUGAAAUUUAUGUACAUAGCUGCCAAGACAUUAAUUGAAUAUUAAUCUUUUUUCUUGAUUUACUAGCUUCCUCUCAUUUAUAAAGAAAAAUUCGCUUAUCGUUAUGAUCCUUAAUGUAUAUGAAAUGCAUACUUCAAAUCCUAGUCUGCAAUCAAAUGAUACUGUACGGUUUAUAGUGUCAUUCUGUUUUAAUGCAAUUUAUAUACUUUGUAAGAUUAUAACAUGGCGUACCCACCACAUUGAGUAAAGUAAAGAGCCAGCUUAAAGUGGAGUUCGAUACUUGAAUAACGGGAUUAGGCAUAAAUAAAA